AGUUCCUCCUUUCGCCAUUCCGGGGUGUCGCCACACCACGGAGAGUACUGAGGGAGUCCUGCGAAGAGACCGCCUAGUCCCCUCCAGGCCUCUUCACACCUCUCCACACCUUCAUCCAGCCACACACGGUUGCCCCGGCAUGCCCCAGAAGACAGGUAUCCGCUCUUUAUUCCCUCAGAGAACCGCCGCAGACCUCCCCGGCACCCCUGUUUGAAAGAUUACGGAGACACCGAGGGAUGCUACUGCAGCAAAACGCACCCCGCACCGCGAAAAUUCUCCACGUCUGCCCGAGGAACAGAAACAUUUGGUUGGCCCUUGACCGAAGCCCCUGAGGAUGUCCGACAGCGGUGGGAACAUGAACUCCGACGAUCGGCCGGUUAAAACGGUCCCCUUCCCCCUGAGCCACAGGCUCUCCAUGAAGGAAGUGUUUGACUGUGAGGGGAAGCCUAGAGUAGACCUGCUAAAAGCCCACCUCACCAAGGAGGGCCGUCUGGAGGAGGUGGUGGCCCUACGCAUCAUCAAUGAGGGAGCCGCCAUCCUGUGCCAGGAGAGGACCAUGCUGGAUAUAGAAGCCCCAGUCACAGUGUGUGGAGACAUCCAUGGUCAGUUCUUUGACCUGAUGAAGCUGUUUGAGGUGGGCGGUUCCCCCGCGACGACACGCUACCUCUUCCUAGGGGACUACGUGGACCGGGGUUACUUCAGUAUUGAGUGUGUGUUGUAUCUGUGGUCGUUGAAAAUCCUCUACCCGAAGACGUUAUUUCUUCUACGGGGAAACCAUGAAUGUAGACAUCUGACAGAAUAUUUCACUUUCAAAACUGAAUGUAAGAUAAAGUACUCUGAGCAGGUGUAUGACUCGUGUAUGGAUGCGUUUGACUGCUUGCCGCUGGCUGCUCUGAUGAAUCAGCAGUUCCUGUGUGUCCAUGGAGGGCUCUCGCCAGAGAUCCACACGCUCGACGACAUCAAAAAGUUGGACAGGUUCAAGGAGCCUCCAGCUUUCGGGCCCAUGUGUGACCUGCUGUGGGCCGACCCACUCGAAGACUUUGGCAACGAGAAGACGCAAGAGUACUUUGGCCACAACACAGUCAGAGGCUGCUCCUACUUCUACAGUUACCCUGCAGUGUGUGAGUUUCUACAGACCAACAACUUGUUGUCAGUCAUCAGAGCACAUGAAGCGCAAGAUUCUGGUUACCGAAUGUACAGAAAGAGUCAGACUACAGGCUUCCCCUCCCUCAUCACCAUCUUCUCAGCACCUAACUACCUGGACGUCUACAACAACAAAGCGGCGGUUCUGAAAUAUGAGAACAACGUGAUGAACAUCCGCCAGUUCAACUGUUCCCCUCAUCCCUACUGGCUUCCCAACUUCAUGGAUGUCUUCACCUGGUCCCUGCCCUUCGUUGGAGAGAAAGUGACAGAGAUGCUGGUGAAUGUUCUCAGUAUCUGUUCAGAUGAUGAGCUCAUGGAGAAUGAUGGAGAGGAAGAGGUCUAUGAUGCCAAUGCAGCGGCGGCUAGGAAAGAGGUGAUCAGGAACAAGAUCCGUGCCAUCGGGAAGAUGGCCAAAAUGUUCCAAGUUUUACGGGAGGAGAGUGAGAACGUAUUGACCCUGAAGGGACUGACACCCACUGGCAUGCUGCCCAGCGGAGUUCUGUCAGGAGGCAAGCAGACUCUGCAGAGCGCUACCAUUGAGGCCAUUGAAGCCAUUGAUCCUGUUGAGGACGCAGAAGCAAUCCGAGGCUUCUCUCCUCAACAUAAGAUCAAUAGCUUUGCGGAGGCCAAGGGUCUGGACCGGAUCAACGAGCGCAUGCCCCCCCGCCGUGAUGCCGUCAACAGUGUGGGUGUCUCCAUGGGCCGCAUGAACAUGGGGGAGCCCAACGGCACCGACAACAACAGCAAUAUACAGGGAUGAUGCACACACACACACACACACACACACAUUUAAACACUAUUUCAUACACACUCUGAAACACACACAUGGAUAUGAAGUACAUACACCAACAUACACACAUUUGACUUACACAUACUCACAAAUACACUUGAUUUAAACAUAAAGUACACACACAUACUUAUACAUACACAUAAACACAAAACAUACAGGCUACACAAGUCAACAUAUACCCUUAUACAGUGAUGGCACACACACCAUCCUCCUCCUCCCCCCUACCCCGUCCUGUUGCUGCCCAGCCCACCUCUCCACCAGUGUGGCAAGACUUUGCCAUGGAUGGUUGAGGCGUCCUACUGGACAAACUGUACUGCAGGUUCCAUCAUUACCUGAUCUGACCUGGUCACACACACUACUGAAGGCCCCUGACCUGACCACAACACACUACGGAACACUCUACUGGACGUUCUGGAACACUCUACUGGACAUUCUGGAACAGUCUACUGGACAUUCUGGAACACUCUACUGGACAUUCUGGAACACUCCUGGACGUUCUGGAACACUCUACUGAACGUUCUGGAACACUCUACUGGACGUUCUGGAACACUCUACUGGACGUUCUGGAACACUCUACUGGACGUUCUGGAACACUCUACUGGACGUUCUGGAACACUCUACUGGACGUUCUGGAACACUCUACUGGACGUUCUGGAACACUCUACUGAACGUUCUGGAACACUCCAAUGCAAAACAAAGAGCUACUGUUCUGUUCGCAUUGUGUAGUAGGGGUGACUGGGUGACAGAUGUUACCUUUCUGUUGUGUUGAGGGCAGAGGGAGAGUGGGGGGGAUUGGGGAGGGGAGGCAUGGGCUGAGAGGUCAACGAGGGCUGAGGUGGCAUGCGGGAGAGGGACUUCCUGUCCGGGAUUUUCAGUUUCCUCUUCUCAUUUUAAAACAGGAAUUUUGUGGUCAGCCCGGUUGGUGGUUUACUUCAUUCACUUUAUUUUAUAAGAUAGAUAGAUAGAUAGAUAGAUAGAUCGAGAGAUGGACUGGAUGGUUGUUGUGAUGUCCAUGGGAGUUUAUUUGUGUGUGCUUGUGUCUGCAUUUGCAAUUGUGUGAGUGUAUGUGUGUCUGUGGGGGUGAAAUUUGAAUGGCAUUUUCAUAUGCAACAUACAAGGUUGUGCUAUCGAACAUGUUUUGCUACCAGUACUAUAUGAUAAUAACAGGACAUUCAAAUGAAACAUAUUAUUUAUUAACUUCAAGGAAAAUACUAUGUUGUCAGAAGGUUAAAAAUGCAGUCUUAUUACCUGAGUGUUCUCUCUCGAUCUUAUUUUAUAAGCCAAUAUGCUCCACUGGUCAGUUAGUCAGGACUAAAGUGUGUGACCCACCGUUAAUUCACACAGAGUUCACAGUACAUUCACUACACCCCAGACAGACGCUGCCUCUAAAGUCAGUCAGAUAAAUAAAACUGACCUUAGAUCAGUUUUAGUGGCAACGUCUGUCUAUUCCACUCUUAUGUUCUAUUGCUAAAACUGAUCAUAUUUAACUUUUAAGGGCAACUUUUUAUCACUUUUACUUAUUUCACUUGCUGGGACUAGCUACACGUUUAAUGUUCUAUUGCUGCCAAGUCAAUCAUAGAAAUAGAAAGCAUAGAAUGGACACCUGUAUCAGAAAUUGAAAUGUAGAAAUAACUAUGAUAGAUUGGCUGUUUUGCAGGCAUGCAAUCAGAAUCAGCAAUGAGUGAAGUCCAUUCCAUGCGUUCCAUUUCUACGGUGUCCUCUUAAUGUGCUGUCCAGUAGCCUAUAACCUGAGCUGGCUGCACUGGAGGAAAUUCCUAUAGUGUAUAUGCUGUUGUGUUCUACCUUGAAAAUGAAAUGAAGUGUUUUUGGCUGAGUGUGAGCAGUGACUAACAGAAGUCAACAGAAGGUUAUUUAUUUGUAAAGCAUUUAUAAACGCAUCAAUGCAUGCAGUUAAGUUAUUUGAUAAUAAUAAUGUGAAAUUCGAUUUGUGCUGUGUUUCAGUAUGGUAAGUUCCCUUUUUCUUCCUUCAAAUAGGGAUCAUAUUUAUUUUGUAAAACAUUUAUGAUUUUUAUCAUUUUUGAGGGGUGAUUUUGUUAUUCUUUUUGAAAUGUUUUCCAUUAUUGUAUUAUGAGUUAAUGUAUUGUUUUAUUUUGAUGCUGUACAGACUGGAAGCUUCUAUGAGGUGAAAUGCAUUGUGACUCUAUCUCUCCUCUCUUCUCUGUUGAUGUACAGGAGUUGCUUUUAAACUUGCAAUAGCGUGAAUGAAUGACCAUACUAUAAAGAGACAGACUUUCAUUCAGGCAGCCAAAGCAUGAUUGCAUGGUAAACUCAUCUGUAAAAGCAGACACAGUUACAGAAGUUGUCUUUCAAAUUUUAAAGGGAAAGUUUACUCUCAAAUCAUAAUUCUUAAAUUAUAUUCUUGUUAUUUAAUAUUAUUAUAUUUAUAAUUAACAUUAUUCUUAAGCUCUCUGCUGGUUGCUCUUGCAUUUUUCUGAUCUUUGUUUGGUCUCAUUGUGCUUUAUUUUACGAGGUGAACUUCCUCGAGACCUUGUGCCAUAUAGUUUGUGCCAUGGCUCUCUGUCUCAUCACACACACUGUAAGCAUGCCCCAUGGGACAAACCACUUUUUUUACUCUUGAAUAAAAUAUGCAUGAACCUUU